AUGGAUGAGUUUACCAAUAUCCCACAAAUUAAUUCCUCCUCGUCAACCCCCGUGUCUCACAAUUCACAACAGCCUCCCCAGAAGAAGCUCCAGUACAUCCUCCAGGCCCAGCCCGACUGCUGGGCCUACGCCAUCCUCUGGCAGUCCUCCAAAGACGACUCAGGUCGUAUCUCCCUCACCUGGGCCGACGGCUACUUCCAGGGCACCAAGGCCGACUCCGGAUCUGGCCUCCAGCCCGAGCGCCGCAAGGUCAUGCGCGGCAUCCAGGCCCUCAUCGGCCCCGAAACCCCCACCCCAGCAGCUUCCGACGUCACCGACGCGGAAUGGUUCUACGUGAUGUCUCUCGCGCAGUCCAUCCCCCCGGGAGAAGGCAUAGUCGGACGGGCCUUCGGGUCCGGCUCCCUUGUGUGGCUCACAGGGGCCAACCAGCUCCGCCUCUACAACUGCCACCGGGCCCGUGAGGCCCAGGUCCACGGCAUGCACACCAUGGUCUGUAUCCCCACCCCCAGCGGAGCAGGUGUCCUGGAGCUCGGCUCGGACUCUGCCAUCCCUGAGAAUUGGGCCCUUGUCCACCUCGUCCGGACGACCUUCGACGGAGGCGAGAAAAUAAUUUCCUUUGCGAAUAAGUCCUUGUCGUCAGAGCAGUCGGAUUCGGAGCAGUGCCAGUUCCUUGUUGACGAGGCUGAGCCUAUUGAGCACAGAGUCCGGAAGAAGAGGGGUCGUAAGCCCGGGGUGGGGAGGGAAGGCCCGCUGAACCACGUGGAGGCGGAAAGGCAGCGGAGGGAGAAGCUGAACCACCGGUUCUACGCGCUGCGGUCCGUGGUCCCCAACGUGUCGAGGAUGGACAAGGCGUCCCUCCUCUCGGACGCCGUCUCAUACAUCAACGAGCUUCGGACGAGGGUGGACGACCUCGAGUCCCGUCUCCACGGACGGACGAUCAAGGCGGAGGCCCCCGACGGACAAGGGUCGCAGAGCACUUGCACGGCAUCGUCGUCGGGGCAGAGGGUUGAGGUCGAGGUCAAGAUUGUGGGGCCCGACGGGAUGAUAAGGGUGCAGUCGGGGAACGAGGACCACCCGGGAGCUCGCCUCAUGGGGGCAGUGAGGGACCUCGAGCUGACGGUGCACCACGCCAGCAUGUCCUGCGUCAACGGGCUCAUGAUGCAGGACGUCGUGGUCCGCCUGCCCCAAGGCCUCAGGGGAGAGGCCGCCCUCAGGGAAGCUCUGCUUAGGAGGUCCGAGAUUAGAGCUUGGGUGCUCACAGGAUUCAAAUUGUCCCUGAAGCUGAGUGGAUGGGUCCGACGACGGGGGUUGUCGCCACUUUCGGUGGUUUCGACAGUUGUCGUUCUCGGUGCGGUUCUUGGAUUGUUCGCCGUUCGCUACAAGCCUAUCGGCUUACGGCCAAGAUCACUAUCAGAUAAAGAUUCAUGGGCUUCUUACCUAAUGGGUGCUACUGAUGUUGAUGCCCAACAACACUACUAG